AUGGCUUUGCUUACUUGUAAAGUGAAAAAGUCGCCUACUGAGGACAUUCAAAACAUUCCGAGCCAUCUGAGGCAAAAACUGCCUGAGGGAAUCAACUGUCCAAUAGCGAGAGAACGGCAAGCGCGACGACGCUCUGCGCAUGCGCGCUCUCAGUUGACGCGCUCUCCCCUGACACUCUCCGGGGGGUCCUCCUUAGUACGUCCGGGCUUCCGGCCCGCGGCGCAUGCGCAGCCUCGGUUGCUGUGCGCUAAACGAUUCUGUAGGUCAGCUCGGUGCUCAGGGGCCGCUGGGAAGACGGCCGGAGUGGGCAUGGCGGCACUGGGCGCUUGGGUACCUUGUCGGAGGUGGAGCAAAGCGGCCGUCUUCGGCUUACACCGUGGCCUCACCGCAUUACUCGCAAGGAAGGCCGAGGGGACGCCACGAUGGCUCCCAGCUUGCAGACAAAAGACAUCAGUCUCUUUCCUUAGUCGACCAGACCUUCCAAACCUGGCUUAUAAGAAGCUAAAAGGCAAAAGUCCAGGAGUUAUCUUCAUCCCUGGCUAUAUUUCUAAUAUGAAUGGUACAAAAGCAUUGGCGAUUGAAGAGUUUUGCAAAUCUCUAGGUUACGCCUAUAUAAGGUUUGAUUACUCAGGAAUUGGAAAUUCGGCUGGCAACUUAGAAGAAUGCACAGUGGGAAGAUGGAGAAAAGAUGUUCUUUCUAUAAUUGAUGACUUAGCUGAAGGACCACAGAUACUGGUUGGAUCUAGCCUCGGUGGAUGGCUUAUGUUUCAUGCUGCGAUCGCAAGGCCACAAAAGGUUGUUGCGCUUAUUGGUAUAGCGACAGCUGUAGAUGGCCUAGUGACACAGUUCAAUCAGCUUCCCAUUGAGGUCAAAAAGGAAGUAGAGAUGAAAGGCGUGUGGGCCAUGCCGUCAAGGUACAGUGAAGAAGGAGUUUAUCACAUUCAGUACAGUUUCAUUAAAGAAGCCGAACACCACUGCUUGCUGCAUAGCCCCAUCCCUGUGAAGUGCCCCGUACGGUUGCUCCAUGGCAUGAAGGAUGACAUCAUACCUUGGCAUACAUCCAUACAGGUUGCUGACCGAGUGCUCAGCACAGAUGUAGAUGUCAUCCUCCGAAAACAUAGUGAUCACCGAAUGAAGGAAAAAGCGGACAUUCAACUCCUUGUUUACACUAUUGAUGACUUAAUUGAUAAGCUUUCAACUGUAGUUAACUAGAAUCACAUUUUGAGUUGGUAUGUAAACUAAUGGAUCCAGAAGAUUGGAAGAGAGAUAACAAAUCAAAGACCCCGAUACUUAGGUUUUUCCUCUUGUCUCUAUUUUGUAAAUAUCACACAAGUAUUUAUUUAAUGAUGUAUGAUACAAAUGGUGAAGAAAGUACAAGCUGCUGUUUGGAAAAUUUUCUGCUUCCUUCAAUCCUUGAUUUUUUUUUUUUUUAAAGAUUUUAUUUAUUUAUGCGACAGAGAUAGAGACAGCCAGCGAGAGAGGGAACACAAGCAGGGGGAGUGGGAGAGGAAGAAGCAGGCUCAUAGCAGAGGAG